AUGUUACUGGAAAGAAUUCACAACAGGCUCCACGGGGUAAAAUCACGCAGUGCCAAGAAUGCAGCCCAGGAAAACGAAAACGAGAAGAGGCGCUUGUCAUUGCUGGCCGAGACGGCAGAACAAAUGGCAGAGGAGGACAUGAGCGACGCGGACGAAAUGAUGGUGGACAGUGGAGCUAUUGAAGGGACAAGCGGGCGUGAGAUCGAUCACGACGCGGCGUCCAGUCGGAGGGAUUUAAAUAUCAACACGCAGCUAGCGCAAAUGUCAGCGUUCGGUCAGCAUACCCCGGUUAUGACGCCGACCAUGCAACCUAUAAACCCGUACGUCUACAUGAACAACAGAAGACAGGACAGCGUCGCAUCUUUGGCGAGUUCCGUAUCGGACGUUUCCCAUUUGCCCGCAACGGCUCCUCGGUCGCAGCUGAAUGGCGCACCUUUUACAAACCACUUCGUAGCGCUUCUCAUGGACGCAUACCAGGACGUCUGUUCGGACCCCACGGUAACCCCGUUCGACGCUCUUAACCCGCCAUCUGGCAUUUUGAAUAGGACCGCUAAAGUGGCCGUGGAGAGAGCAGACAUGAAGGAAAUCGAAAUAGGCAGAGAAAAAAACGCGUGGCUUGUGACUGCGGUACGGCAGCGGUUAUUGCAAGAAAUACGCAAGGAUGAAUAUCUGUCGCGGAACAGCUCCAUCGUAUCACUGCCGCCUGUGCCGCAAUUUAACGGCGCAGACGGAAUGCCAUUAGCCCCAAGCGAUUAUUUCAACAUCAAUACAGAUUUCUCUUCUCAGCAUUCGUUCCCGCUCACGGCAAGCCUGGGACCUCAACAGCCGCUCCAGUCUCCUUUUGAGCAUCGUCCUGUCAUAUCAAAGACGGUACCUCGAGCUCGAACAGACAGUUUUAUUAGCGCUGCUGGUAGAAGUAGAAGCGGGUCAAAUCUUAUGUUUUCCAUGCCGCAACAAAACGUGGGCCAGGGAGUACAACAGAACCCUAUAUUGGAACACAACGUAGGAAGGUCACGAUCUGGUAGCACGGGUUUUUUCAUGUUGACGCCCAUGAACUCACAUGCGCCAGACGUGCUCCUACCUACCCUUUCCAGGCAGAGAAGCUGUACAUCUACCACGCUGGAUGACAUGAUCAGCAGUGAGACUAUGAAAAGAAGAAGAGAUCUUCUUCGAACCAAAAGUUACAAUUCGAACUCCAUGAACACUGAUUAA